GGGAGCGGAACCACAACACAACAACCAUCUGUUACAAUUAAAAAAGAAAAAAAGAAAAAAAAAAAAAGACUACUGAAAAGACUGAACAUUGUUGAGGUGAAAGUCGAAGAGGAUGCCGUUUAUCCCGUCUUGGCAUGCGGACAGGUUCACACACAUCAUCAUAAGAGGACAGGACAGCAGUGUGAUCUGUCAGCACAAACACUAGCACCUCAGUCAGUGUUAUCCUAAGACCUCCCUCCUCUCGCCACACGCGUGUGUGUCUGUGUUCAUGUGUGCCUUUUUCCAUUUAAGUCUCCUUGUGAUAGAGAGGAGGGACAAAGGGGACCAAGAGAUAAAUACUCUAGUACGUUCCUCUCGCCAUCACUUUGUCAGCCUGCAUCCACAGCAUCAACACAGAAUCAAAAGGGGGAAUUGAAAUAGCCAAGAUGCCUGAGAAAGCACUGGAGAGGAAAUCUAAAAUCUCAGCCUCACGCAAGCUCAUGCUGAAGAGCUUGAUGGUUGCAAAGGCCAAGGAGGAGCUGGAGCAGGAAAUGGAAGAAAAGGAGGAGCAGAAAGAAAAGUACCUGGAGGAGAAAGCUCCUCCAUUACAGACCAGUGGCAUGUCCUUAGCAGAGCUGCAGACAUUAUGUGAAGAGCUGCAUGCCAAAAUAGAUGUGGUGGACGAGGAGCGGUAUGAUAUUGAAGCCAAAGUCUUGCACAACACCAGAGAGAUCAAAGACCUGAACAUCAAGGUGCUGGACUUGCGAGGGAAGUUCAAGAGGCCCAACCUGAGAAGGGUGAGGGUCUCAGCAGACGCCAUCCUGCGCUCUCUGCUGGGCUCCAAGCACAAGGUCUCUUUGGAUUUGCGAGCGAACCUCAAGUCGGUCAAGAAGGAGGACACAGAAAAGGAGAAGACCGUGGAGGUGAGUGACUGGAGGAAGAAUGUGGAGGCCAUGUCCGGCAUGGAGGGCCGCAAGAAGAUGUUUGAUGCAGCAAAAGGCCCCACUCAGUGAACUAGUACUUAGGGAACGGCUGACUUUCAUUUUAUUGCAAACACUUUUACUCCAAAGACAGCUGAACAUGGCACACAAACCUAGAUCAACAUCAACACUCACACAGAAUAUCUAGGCAUUUUAUAUUUUCUCUAUAGUUUUGUUUUAUCGCUGAAAUAAACUAAAUAUCAACAA